AUGACGGAAGAUAGACAAUCUCAUGAGUUUACCGAAGACGAAGAGGCGUUGAUAAGAUCCGGCAUCGAGCUGGAUUCCCUGGACGAUUUUCCGGCCGAUCCGGAAGAAAUAGCCGUCAAGCCGUCUGGAAUAUUUCGUUAUCUCACCCCGGGCUGUCAGUUGUAUCUAGGAGCAUUACUAUGUGGUCAGACUAUGAAAGCGCUGUCAAAGCUCAUCAUGGAGCGAGUAGACAUGGUGUUUUUGCUGUUCUUCCGCAUGGGGGUCACUGCCCUCGUCACAAUAUCAUACAUGUGGUACAACGGAAUAGAACACUAUUUUUGGGGUCCCCCUGAAGUAAGACGACUACUGGCCUUUCGAGCCAUCUGUGGAACUGCUGCCAUCACCUUAACAAUGUUUUCCCUCAAAUAUAUUUCCUUACCGGAACAAACCGUUUUGACAUUUUUGGGUCCGCUGGUAACGCCGUUGCUGGCUUGCCUGAUCCUGCAUGAACAAUACUUUUGGCAGCAGGCUGCAUGGAGCCUGUUUUCAUUCGCAGGCGUCAUCGUGGUCGCCAAACCGCCGCCAUUUUUCGAGUAUACGAACGAGAAUGGUGCCAGUCUGCAUCUCCGUUUCCUUGCAAUUGCAGCAACUCUACUUGUGGUUAUCUUUGCUGGGCUAGUUAUGGUCGUGGUUCGUUCAAUUGGCACCAGAGCCCACCCCCUUUGUGUGGUGGGAAGCUACAGCGUGCUAACUGUAGUGUUUAGCGUCUGCUGGAUGAUUGUUGAGCCCUCGAGGUUCACGCUGCCUCAGACAUCAGAGACCUGGCUGAUGCUUCUUGGCGCUUGUUUCUUUGGUUUUUGUCUACAGAGCAUGAGUUCUGUUGCCCUCCAGAAAGAACCAGUUAAUUUGUUGGCAGGGUUUAAAUACACCCAGAUCUUGUGGGCUGUCAUCUUCGAGCUUGUAAUCUGGCAUGAUUUGCCCGAUAUUUGGACAGUGGUAGGUAGCACUCUGGUUGCUUUCGGGGUCGUUCAAGCAACAAUUACUCGACAGAAGCUAAUUGAAACCCAUAGCAAGGCCUGA